UCACAGAGCUGAACGCCAUUAUACUGAUGGCAGAUCUUCAUCUGGAGUGAAAUAGAGUUCAACAGGAGAAAAACAGCGCGGAUUUAACGCGAGGCCUAGAUCGCUGGCUCUUUUGUGCGCUCGUCGACGUCUUCGGUAGAUCUCUAUGGCUGCCGCGAGAGGUUAGAGGCUCGAACCAGGCUUUGUUUUUCUUCCGUCGGGCGAGAGUUUGGCCAUGGCGGCGGCUGGAGGGAAGACGUACUCGUUCAAGGUGGUGCUGCUGGGCGAGGGUUGCGUCGGGAAAACAUCUCUGGUGCUGCGAUACUGCGAGAACAAAUUCAACGACAAGCACAUCACCACACUUCAGGCAUCGUUCCUAACAAAGAAGCUCAACAUUACAGGAAAGAGAGUAAAUCUGGCUAUAUGGGAUACGGCUGGUCAGGAGCGUUUUCAUGCCCUUGGACCCAUCUACUACAGAGAUUCCAACGGCGCGAUAUUGGUGUACGACGUCACAGAUGAGGACUCUUUUCAGAAGGUGAAGAACUGGGUAAAAGAAUUAAGGAAAAUGUUGGGGAAUGAAAUCUGUUUAUGUAUAGUAGGUAAUAAAAUAGACCUUGAAAAAGAGCGGCAUGUUUCAGUCGAGGAAGCAGAGGGAUAUGCAGAGUCCGUUGGAGCGAAACACUAUCACACAUCCGCCAAAUUAAACAAAGGCAUUGAGGAGCUGUUUCUGGACCUGUGUAAACGCAUGAUGGAGACGGCUCAGCUGGAGGAGCGGUCGAGGGGGAAUGGAGCCAGUCACAGCAGCACAGGCCGGAGGGGUGUACAGAUUGUGGACGAUGAGCCGCAGACCGCCGUCCCAGCCGGAGGCUGUUGCACAUCCGGCUAAAACGCAGUUUACCCCACUUUUACCAUACCUGGGACUGAUAACAGCCUCUCUCUCUCUCUUUUCCUCGCGCUCCUCCGUGUAAGAACAGCCACUGCUACACUUAACUGCAACUGCUCCACACUCGUUUCUCUAACUCGUUCCUCCUUCGAACGGUUGAUUAAUAACAAUCCCACCCUUCGUCUGCCGACUCCAGGGGCCGAAAAGAUGCCAGAUUUGACCUGCGCUGAUUAACCACUCAAGAAAAUGAUUACAAAUGGGAUUUAGUGCUGUCAAACGGUUGUGUUUACAUAAUGAAUGUGUACUCUCUGUGCAUAUAUAUAUAUAUAUAUA